GCCAUUCACUCUGACACACACACACUCACAUGCAAACACACACAUGAACACUUUUAGACACACACAUGCAGGCGGUGGAUGUGUUGCCACAGGAGAGAGGGAGGGAGAGAGGCAUUCAGACAGAGGAGAUCCUCAGCAAACUGAAGUGAGAGAAGGACUCAGCCUGAAGAGUGUGUGUGGAGAAAACCUGAGAGUGUAUGCUCCUGUGUUUAUUUUGGAGGAGCGGACUGCACGUUUGCUCCAGGAGAGAGGAUUCACAAUGACUGGGACAGUUUGGGAAAUCUAAGGGAAUUCUUUCCAGGCUUCUGCUGGGAAUACUGUUUGGAAUACUCUGGAUAUGUGACCUGCUCGGGAAAUCCUGCUUUCCUUUUAAACCUGCGCCUCACUUUUUAAAAAACUCUCUCUAAUUUCUGUUGAAUUGGAGCCAAGCCGCAAUGCCUACCGACGAUUAUAACUACCUACCUGAUGCAUUGCCUCCACUCCCUGAAGUCCCGGACUCUGGCUCGGCCCUGAGCUCCGUUGACAUUCCCUCCCGCUGCCUCCGCAACCCGGCCUUCCGCCACACCUCCUCGCGCUACUGCUCCGCCCUCAGCAUGGACUCCUCUCCGGAUAGCGCCGAAAGGCCGAUCAGCUACAGCUCCACCUCUUCUUCUGCCUCCUCGCGGGACAGUCACUGCUCACUGGGCAGCCGCUCAACCCUCGUCCCCACCCCUCACUGUAACCCUGUGACUUCAGACCGGGACUCCGGGGCAAUCCGGUUGGAACUGGUCCCGGCCCGGCAGCUGGGAUGCGGGGAGGAAGAUGAUAGGAAUGAUGGAGGGAUGGACACAGGGAGGGGACAGGGGAGACAGGACAGUGGACAGACUGUGACAGAACAUUCAGAGCCUGAGGUGAGCCCAGAGGGAGGAGAGCGGACGGGUCAGGUGCAAGGACCAAGGACGUAUGUGGACCGGGUGGUGCAGGAGAUAAUGGACACAGAGAGGACCUACGUCCAGGAUCUGCGCAGCAUUGUAGAGGACUACUUGGAGUGCAUCAGUAACCAGUCUCGGCUGGCCCUGAGCUCUGAGGAUAAAGGCUCCCUGUUUGGUAACAUCCAGGACAUCUACCACUUUAACAGGGAUCUUCUUCAUGAUCUUGAGAAGUGCAACGCCGACCCCGUGGCCAUCGCAGAGUGCUUCGUAUCCAAGAGUGAAGAAUUCCACAUUUAUACUCAGUACUGCACCAACUACCCACGGUCGGUGGCUGUGCUAACAGAGUGCAUGAGGAACAAGGCGUUGGCCAAGUUUUUCCGCGAGCGCCAGGAAUCUCUGAGGCACUCCCUGCCCCUGGGCUCCUACCUGCUCAAGCCAGUGCAGAGGAUCCUCAAGUACCACCUACUGCUGCACGAGAUAGCCAACCACAUGGAGAAGGACACAGAGACCUACGAGGUUGUGCAGGAAGCCAUAGACACCAUGCAGAGAGUGGCCUGGCACAUCAAUGACAUGAAGAGGAAGCACGAGCACGCCGUUAGGUUGCAGGAAAUCCAGAGCCUGCUGACCAACUGGAAGGGCCCUGACCUGAUCGGCUACGGAGAGUUGGUUCUCGAAGGAACGUUUCGUCUGCAGAGAGCCAAAAAUGAGAGAACGCUCUUCCUGUUUGACAAGCUUCUCCUCAUCACCAAGAAACGAGAGGAAACCUACACGUACAAGGCUCACAUACUGUGCUGUAACCUGAUGCUGGUGGAGGUGAUUCCUAAAGAACCGCUGAGUUUCAGUGUGUUUCACUACAAGAAUCCCAAACUUCAGCACACAGUCCAGGCCAAAUCACAGCAAGACAAGCGCAUGUGGAUCUUACACCUCAAGAGACUCAUACUUGAAAACCAUCCGGCCAAAAUCCCCGCCAAGGCCAAACAAGCGAUUUUGGAGAUGGAUGCAAUGCAUCAUCCCGGGUUUCAUUACAGCCCUGAUGGCGACAAGAAGGAUUCCCCUCAGACCAAGGAGGGUCCAACUCCUCGUAGAGGACGCAGGAAAGAACCUCUAUCAAAAUUAUUGAAAAAUGCAAAGCAGAAUGCUGCCAACACAGACGGCGAAAAGCGAAUAAGUCUGGGAGCCACCCUGCUCUCGCCAAUGUCCCAGCUGGCUUUGGGCACCAUCGGCCGCAGCCGCAGCCUCAUCAACCAAUCGCAGGAGUCCCUGGACCCCGGCGAUCACUUUGACCACAGUGACAGAGAAGAGGAGCCUCAUCAGCAAGAUGCUGACGACGAAGAUGACAGUGGCCUGGGAGGCGGAAAGCGGCUGCGAGUCCCCGGCAAAAGCAGUAGGAAGAGGCUGAACCCUCAGGCAUCUGUCGACAGUAUAGAACAGUGGAAAACCUUCAACAUGAGCUCCUCAGACUUACAGAAAGCCAGAGAAUCCCUGGUGAGGGAUGGAAGUCGCCACCCACCGCUUCUCAGGACACCUCACGUGACAGAGGAGCCGCCAGACACCCCCAUCCCCUCUGUAGUAAUCACAGAGAGUGAGAAUCCUGUAAGGAACAUCUGGGCGGACCACCGCGCUCGCAGGGCCAUGUUCCCCACCCGCCAGCGGACCAUGCAGCCCGACGACGAGGACGAGGACAUCUACCAGAUGUUUGUCCCGACAGAGCAGAGCGGGCCAGAACCAGAGACGCCCACGGAGAGGACGGAAGCCACCUCAUCGCCCAAGACAGCUCGGCCCUGCAGCUGGCAUGUUGAACAGGUGCCCACUGUGCAGAUUGACCCUCCACCUGACGGGAGCAGAGUCCUGCGGAGGGCGAGCAGCGCGGGGGAGAAGGCAACGGAGGCCCGACAGAGUCCUGAUGACAACCAGACUGAUCACAGCAACCUGGAAGUGAUCCACACUGAAUCCUCCAGCAACGACAUAUCUGGAUCAUCCUCAGCCGAGCAGCUGACGAUAGACGACAUAGAAAACGUGUAUGACAACAUCAGUUAUGAGGACUUGAAGAGCAUGGGCCUCGUCAGAAGGGACCCAGAGGAGAGCCGGAAAGAAACUUCUGCAGAUGCACAGGGUUCCCAGGCCCAAGCAGCGAGGGUACUAAAUGCUCCAGAGGUUCCUGCGGUCACAGAGCCUCUGAUUGAACCAGACACUUCCUCAGACAGCAACCGGUCCUCAACACAGGAGGGGAGGCCAUUUGGGCCAUGUGAGCUCAAGAUAGUGGAGGAGAACAUCUAUGACACCAUCUGCUUCAGGGAGCCUCCAUCAGCAGAGCCUAAAGGAACGAAUGAAGGCGACAAACUACAACAAGAGAGGGACAGUCUCCUGGCCUCUGAGCAGGACCUAACUGAAAGCCUCGGAGGGUUUGUAUCCGAGGAAAGUCUCCAUUUUGUAGAGGACGAAGCACCAGACACGUCCCAUCCUGUCCCAUGUUCCUCUGAGCCAGAUUAUUCCUCCUCGUCUGCCUCUGAGACUUUCUCCCAGCGCUCACAGAAAGGGGAUAAGAUGUCAGAGCAGGUCGAUGAGAUCUGGAACGAUCUGGAGAACUACAUCAAGAACAAUGAGAAGAAAGCUGAUAGAUUUCCUGCUGCCUUCCCUGUUGGUGCCACUGAGUCGCCUAAGAAGGCGUCGUCAGUUAAAAACAGCCCUACAAAGAGCCCCCCUGUAAUUAGUCCUCAAGCAGCCAGCCCUCCACCCAAGAGUCCCCCAGCACAUCAGCCUAAACCCCCACCUGUCACCUCUACACCGUCAUUCACCAUCCCAGUCAUCCAACUGCCAGACCCUCAAAGUGAAGGCGCCACUGCAGAAGAAAACCACAGUCCUGGUCCUGCAGCUCGCCCCCUUCCUGCCACCCCAGAGCCCCUCCCCGGCACCGUGAAGAGCAUCCGUAACAGACUGGCUCGCCUCAGCAGCGGCAGCUUCCGCCUAGAGGACGACGACCUGGUGGAGCUUCCUCAGCGAAGCACCCCUCAGAGGGAUAUUCCCCUCAAGGAGCUCCACAGCUUGUUUUCGGGGGAGCUGGCAGGGCUGGACUCGCCGCUGGCCUCCUCCUCUCUCCUGCUGGGUGAGUCUGUGGACUUGGACCUGAUGGAUAAAUCAAAGAACCGCGUGUUCCUUAUGGCGCGGCAAUACAGCCAGAAGAUCAAGAAAGCCAACCAGCUGCUGCGCAUGAGGAGCAUGGACCCUGGAGACGCUUGUAGUCGCGCCAGAAAUGAGAAGAAGCAGAAAGACCUGGCAGCCAUCUUGGAAGAAAAGAAACAAGGGGGAACUGCCAUAGGUGCGAGGAUAGCGGAGUACUCCCAGCUCUAUGACCAGGUGAUGUUUAGGGAUCCUUCCGCUCCAGCUGGCCCACAUCACUCCCAUCCAGGGCUGCCGUCUUCUCCGUCAAUGCCUGAGACCUCCCUGGAGGAGGACUGGCUCCACUCCACAUACAGCAACGGAGAGCUGGCCAGCUUCGUCUCCUCAUCCAGCGAGUUGAACGAUGCUCGAGCGUCUUCCACCCCACAGCGCAGACUCACCUCCGCCUGCUCCAUCCCUUCUCUCAAGACCUCCCCUCCCUCUCAGACCUCCCCGCCGUCCCAGAGGUGGAGCUCGUGCAUGUCGGCGCCGAGCGAAAAAGAGGAGCACGUGUACAGUUCCAUUAAGAGACAUCCUUCCUUUAACGCUCCGUCGACUCCCUCCUCAAAGUCUUCCCCAUCCGGUCACUGUCAGUCGCUCGGCUCUCUGGGCGGCCAGCAGCAGGAGAAGAACCAGUCUGGACUCAAAUGUAACGGACCCACUGUGGAUCGAUCCACAGACAGACUCCAUGGCCCCAGUCUGGGCCGCGCUGGUCGGCAGAGCAGCCUCCCAGAGCGCUCUACCCAGGGACAGUCAGACCUCACUUUGCACGACGGUCAACAGGUGGUGGUCCUGAACCGGGCUUCUGCACUGAGCAUACUCACCGCCACCCAGAACUACCUGGCUAACUUUAAGGACGAUGGGGAGGAUGACGAUGACUAUGUCGAGAUCCGCUCAGAGGACGAGAGCGAGCAGGAGCAGGACAGGUUGGCGCAGCGAAACGGCAGCUCAGCGGCCCUUUCCAAUCAGAGCCGGGGUCUCGCCCACUCCCAGAGUCUGCCGUGCACACCGGUGCGCUCAUGCGACCCGCUGAGGUCCCUGAACCGCGAAGAACUGGAGAAGUACCUGUGGAGCGAGCCGCAGCAGAGCCAACCCAAAAUCGUCCAGUCUCUGAGGGAGAAGUUUCAGUGUCUGAGCUCCAGUAGCUUCGCCUGAGUCUAUACGACGAAUAAAAGCCAAAUAUAUGUAAACAUACAGCGUAUAGCAACAAAAGGGACACUGCUGCUUUGCCUUGAACGCCCUUUGUCAACAUCAUAGCCCACAAACAAACAUAGAAGCAGUUUCUUUGAUCGCAGCCAUAUUUGUAACAACUUCAAUGUAAAAUACAUGAUAGGUUACUAUUAAUAGUGAAAAGCCUGCAUGUGAGCUGCCUCAGCACUUCCAACAGUCUUCUGUGUGUGUUUCAAUCAGAUCUGGUCAGCGGGGAAGCGUUCAAAGCAAAAAUGUUCUCAGUUGUUGGUAAAGGUAUUCAGUGUGACUGAAUGGGUUUUUAAUAUUCAAAGGAAUUCACACGUUGCUUUAUGUGUGUGUGAGAGGAGUGGCUCAGCUGGAGGACUCAGUGCCAAUAAACUGUUGUACAGUUAUAGUAGUUCAGGAUAUCUGUUACCGAUUGCAGGAAAUAAAAUCCGGUCUGUGCCCGACAUCUCAAACUGAAGUACAAGCGUCAAAAAUCGGACUCACCACGUCAAGCUCUUUGUUUUAAUUUGCUGGUAAGGUUAUUUUAACUGCAUUUUCAGCACUAGGUAAUCUCAAAGGGACAGUUCACCCCAAAAAUUAAAAGUACAUAUUUUUCCACUUACCUGUAGUGCUAUUUAUUAAACUAGAUUCUUUUGUUGUAAGUCACCGAGUUUUGGAGAUAUCAGCUGUAGAGAUGUCUGCCUUCUCUCAAAUAUAAUGGAACUAGAUGGCACUCGGCUUGUGGUGCUCAAAGUGACAAAACAGAAAGUUUGAAAAACUCAACAGUAAUGUCUCUUUCCAAAAAUCAUGACCCGCUAACUUAAGAUAAUCCACAGACCUUGUUGUGAGCAGUUUCAUGUAGGAACUAUUUCUUUUCUACCGAACUGCACCCGUCAGCCGUAUCACUGCGCAGAAGGAAGUGUACAUCUACUCAUGGAUGAGAAAUGCAAAAAUUAAUGCGGUCCUGCUGAAGGGAAGCGCGUGUCUAUGCUAGCUCACCUAGCACCACUGAGCUAGCUAACAUUGUAGCUCAGCCAAGGAGGACAGCACUAAUUUUUGCAUCUCUCGUCCAUGAGUAGAUGUACACUUCCUUCUGUGCAGUGAUACAGUUGGCAGGUGGAGUUUGGUAGAAAGAAAGUAGUUCCUACAUGAAACUGCUCACAAGAAAGUCUGUGGAUUAUCUUAAGUUAGUGGGUCAUGAUUUCUGGAAGGAGACACUGCUGUUGAGUUUUUCAGAUGUACUUUUUUGGCGUUUUGAGCACCACAAGCCGAGUGCCAUCUACUUCCAUUGUAAGGCGAGGGGAAGACAAUACUCAGCAACUCACACCUAACAUAGACUGAUAAAUAGCACGACAGCUAAGACGAUUUUGGGGUGAACUGUUCCUUUAACCCACGUCAGAGAGGUGAACCACAGUGGUGACUAGUCGUUUUAACCAUGCUUACACUAUCAAACAGUCCUGACCGAGCAGCUUUUUCACAUAGCGAUCUUCAGAUUUGCUACUCAGGCUAGAUUGUCACUUUUAACAGCUUCUUAGCGAUAACAAACAGGACGCCGCUGUAAAGAAAACACGUCGGCUAAGAUCCAAUAGGUUAAGUAUAACUAGACUUAGACCUGUAAGUCUGUCUGAAGUUAUUGUGUUUCACUCUACCUGCCACCUUUGUCAUCGAUAGGGUAUCACGCUUUAAAAUCAAGAGAAGAUGCUGAUAUUUUAGAUAAUCUAUAAGAAACCGUAGGGCUUCGUAUUUAUUUUGAAUCUGUGAGUAAAAUCAGAGAUGUUUUUACGUGUUAAAGUCCGGGGGGCGUCCAUUUUGUAGAGUGGAAUGUGCAUCUCAACAAGUGGAUGUUUCUUUGUUUUUAAUCAUACUAAUUUUAACAUUUGUUUUUAAGAGGGACCACGAAGGAAGGAGAGUUCGUUAAAAGACUACAGUACUGUAUUUGGUGUAUUUUUGUUUUUUUCAAAUGGAUAGUCUGUUUACUUUGUUUACGUUAUGGGACACUCCCAACUGUCACACUACUGAUGUUGCAUCCACGGUCACACAAAGAAAGUCACUUUAAUAAGGUUCAUACAACACAAUUGUUUUCUCUCCCCUUAUAAAGUUUACCACACAUUUGUUGUCUUUAAAAAGAUCACAAAAAAUGUCCUAUUUAUUUGUCAUUGUUAUUUUGGCCCUUCUCACUCUCACUCCAAGCCACUGACAAGUUGUAAAAUAAAGUAUUUAUUAAAAGAUGGUUUUAUUAAGAGUUAGGCAAAAAUUUGAAUCAAAUACUGUGAAUAUUUUCAGAAGAUUUUUUUUUUUUUUUUUUUAUCACGCACUGCUUAACACAAGUUCCAAAUCACAACAACACGUGAAAAGUCAAAAAGCACAAUAUCAUGGCCUACUGUUCAUAUCAGGAAAUGUACGUCAAAAACAAGUUAGGAAUAUGAAGUAUGUUUUUUUUUUUUAAUUGUACAUUUUGUCCUCUGUUUCACUGGUGGGGAUUGUUUGUCUUCAUUGACUCUUUUUUGCACUUUUCUGUCUUUUUUUUUAACGUUUUAUUUGUAAACACUUUGUAAAGAUGUACAUUUUAGGGAAGUUAUUCUUGUAUGCCAUAGGUAUGCUUUAUAAUGCUUUAAUGUUUAAGUUAAGUGUACUGUAUUUUUUUAACUGCCUAGUUGUCAUUGCUCAACAAAACAAUGUAUCGGAGGUAAUAAAUUCAGAUUA